AAAAAAAUGGGGCAGAUUUAUAUCAGCUUGUGAUGAUUUCAAGGACACAAUUGGCUUCAUAUUUUAUGUAAAAGUUGGGAAAAUUAGUUUGAAACAUCAGCUAAAUGGGAGCUAAUGCUAAUAGAAAAGUCAUUUUUUUGGGGAAAACCUUUAUAUUUAUUUAUUAAAGAAUAAAAGCAGGUGAUUUGCUUAAAUUGAGUACAAUGUUUUAGGAUUAAUUUGUUCCUAAAAAUAAAAUAAUUAAAGAGAACAGUUUUAGUUGAUGAAAACGAAGCUCCUCAGGCGGGCGAACUCCGCCCUCCUCUCGGACCCUGAACGUACCAUCCUCUGGGGGUGUGAAACCAGUAAGUCACUGACUGCUCACUGUAACCAGUUUGGCGAAGCAUGGGAGGAGGACGCUGAGGCGGACGAACGGCGGACAGCGGCAGAAGCAGCGGCGGCGGCUCCCCAAACUUCCGAGCGGCGCUGUCAGCUCGCUGUCAAGAGCCAGAGCGCGCGGGGCGACGCCGCGCGGACCUGGAGGAAGCCCACGCUCGAGGAUGGAGAUAGACAAGCGGACGAAUGGGUUCGACUACCCCGAGAGGAACAACGCCAAGUCGGUGAACGGUUUUUGCGGUGACCAUCCCAUUGAGUCUGAACAUAACAGCAGCAUGGAUGCAGUAAAUGAAAGUAAUCUGGAUGAUGCAGCUGACCAACGGACUUGCCUUAUCUGUGGAGACCGAGCCACAGGCCUGCACUAUGGCAUCAUCUCCUGCGAAGGCUGCAAAGGCUUUUUCAAGCGCAGCAUCUGCAACAAGCGCGUGUACCGCUGCAACCGGGACAAGAACUGUGAGAUGUCACGCAAGCAGCGCAACCGCUGCCAGUACUGCCGCCUGCUCAAGUGUCUGCAGAUGGGGAUGAACCGGAAAGCAAUCAGAGAAGACGGCAUGCCGGGAGGAAGGAACAAAAGCAUCGGGCCUGUGCAGAUAACAGAGGAGGAGAUAGAGCGGAUCAUGUCAGGGCAGGAGUUCAAGGAGGACGUCCCGGAGCACACUUGGGGCAACAACGGGGACAGUGACCACAGCUCUCCCAGCAAUGGAGCCUCAGAGGGAAACCAACCAUCACCUGCCUCCACUCUGUCAUCCAAUCGCUCUGCAGAGAUGAACGGCUACACAGCAGCUCUGAGGGACCAGUACAUCAACACUUCUAUGUCCACACACUACCACCUCCUGCCUCACCUGUUCAGCUAUGCUGCCCAGUCCGGCCUGCUAACCCCACAGCCCCGCAGCCUUUACCCACAGUCCCACCCUCUGGUGCUGCAGCUGGUCGCCGCAGAGGACUUGGCCCCCCUCACCACCCCCAUGCUGAUAGAGGACGGGUACAAGGUGACACAGGUGGAGCUGUUCGCCCUGCUGUGUCGCCUGGCAGAUGAGCUGCUCUUCCGCCAGAUCUCUUGGAUCAAGAAGCUGCCAUUCUUCUGCGAGCUCUCCAUAGAGGACUACACCUGCCUGCUCAGCUCCACCUGGCAGGAGCUCAUCCUGCUGUCCUGCCUCACCAUCUACAGCGCCCAGAUCUUUGGAGACCUGGCUGACGUCACGGCCAAGUACACCCCAUCUGAUGACGAGCUCCAGGGCUUCAGUGAGGACGGCAUGGAAGUGAUGGAGAGGCUGAUUUAUCUCUAUCGUAAGUUUAAUCAGCUGAAGAUCAGCAAUGAGGAGUACGCCUGCAUGAAAGCCAUCAACUUCCUGAAUCAAGAUAUAAGAGGACUGUCCAACGUCUCUCAGCUCGAGCAGCUGAACAAGCGCUACUGGUACGUGUGUCAGGACUACAUCGAGUACAAAUACCCACACCAGCCCAAACGCUUUCCUGAGAUAAUGAUGUGUCUGCCAGAGAUCCGCUACAUCGCAGGAAAGCUGGUGAAUGUCCCACUUGAACAGCUUCCCCUUCUGUUCAAAGCAGUCUUGCACUCCUGCAAAUCCAGCCUGACCAGCUACAGGACCGGCCCACCGCCCGGCCUGACCGCCUCCUCUGGAAACUAAGCCACCUCCAAACACCAAGUUGAGGCAACGGUCUCCCCUCCUGCGAAUGUGACAAGCAGCUAGUUUCUUCUUUUAUUUCUGUAAUAUUUUUCUUUAUAUAUUUAUUACACGACAGAGCUGAAUGUAUGCUGAUUUACACUGUGCACAUGCUUCUGUACAAAACAAAUGCUCGUAGAUGCAUUGGUCUUUGGAGUUUACAAGUGUAUAUCCAGUUUGCUCGAUGUGUCAGUGUUGCCAUUGCUAGACUAGACUUUAAAAGAGUUUAUUUUAUUCAGACGGGGCAGCGAGACACAUUUAUGAUUUGUGACUACCUCAGGAAGAUGUUAUUGCUAUUUUCAGGUACCUUUUCUUGCUUUUAAAUGAAGAGUUGCCCAGUCUAAAACCAAACCUGUGGAUGCUUCGCCAUCCGCACAUUCAGAGACUGAAUGUUUAAAUGAGCUGCAUAAAUCAGAGUUUGAAAAACAGUGUUUUUGCUACACUGGAGAUGCAAAUUUAUUAGCAAAGUUUAGCUUCUUUAUAUGCAUGGACUCAAAUAUAUUCUGCUUCAGGGGGGCGGUCCUGUCAAGUUAACAUUCCAAGAGUUAAGGUGACAGCUGUGGGGUCAUAGAAAAAGGAGCAUACGGGUAUUUUUUACAAUCAUAGACUAGGGAUUUAAGGCUUUGAUUGCAGGGGAAGGGGAAAAUAGCUAGGUUUGCUGAUUUUGUUUGAUUUUUUUGAUUUUUUUUUUUUUCUUGACCAAAGUAUUAUGCAAUGCUUUUUUCAAACACCCACUGAUGGGUAGGGAGCUGACAGCUCAACAAAACUAUUUCUUAUCAAUGAAGGAUCAGGAUAAGAAACUAAUCAAUAUUUUUCAGAGGGGAGACCCUUAAUUUGGACACGUAUGUCAUUCAAAUUCAUUUAAAAUGCUGCUAAUCAUAUGCACAUUUUUGUGCACAUAUGCAUCAACCAGAGUUGGGGUUUCUCAUCAUAGAGCCCUGUUUUUUUAUUUUUUAUUUUUUUUUUUACUCUGCUGCCUUCAGCGUCACAGAACAUGGUGUUUUCUUGGUAAGCUGUCAACACACUAUCUAUACUGCGGUUAAAGUGGGGUCUGUGAAAGCAGGAAGGAGCUUUCGAUGAAUAGUGAAGGCAAACGAAUGCCUGAAGAUGUCGUUCAAUCGCUCUUGUCAACCACUCAAGUUUUCCUUAUCCCGCCCUGCAGCGCUGACUGGCUCUCCUCAACAUGAAUCCAUGGUGCCUUGCAACAGUAAACGCUUGCACAAAGAGUCUAAAAAACUCUCCAGAUCUGCAGUGUCGUCCGACUUCCAGGGACAUUUAUUUCAGCGAAAGUUCCCAUCAAUGCUUUUGACUCCACCUGCAUUGUGGUGCCCUCUUUUAUAAUGUCUGUGUCUCCAAGGACGGAUUUCUAGUAAAUCAAAAUGAAAUCUGCAAAUAUCUUUAUGUUAGGGGCAGAAAUGCUUUUGCAUCCACAUCUAGAUUUUUCUCCACUCAGACUUGAAGCUCUGAAUCUCAAACCCAGAGGGAGCACGCCACUCUGCACAAAUGUUCAGGGAACGUAUUCAUCAGAGGAGAAAUCUAGAUGGAAAAAACUGUACAGUCGUAGGUCCGUGUUGAGUGGAAUCUUGAGGACAGGUUUUGGUUACUUUGGGCACAAAGUUGACCCCAUUAGUGCAUUUAAAGCUCCAAGCUCAUCAUUUCACAGAUUCUCACUUUAACCUGGUUUAGAGUGUACUUAGUGUGAUGCGACAGGCACCCAGGUCUCAGUGAAUCCCGGCUCUGUGGAUUCAGGAGACUCACUUCAGGCUUGCAUGCCCUCUGUGACAGAUAUGCACAUGCUUUUUUUAAAUAAUAAUCACUAUAGAAAAUGGUCUUGCUAUGUACGAGAUGAUCAUUUCAGAGGAGUCCUCGUGAACUCUUCAAGGUUUUUAGCUGUUUCAUGACUUUGGAACAAUUAGAAUUGCAGCUGAAAUGCAGUCCUGACUGUUUUUUGCAUGCAACGGUGAGGUCUGAAGACCUGGACCGCCUGAUGGCGUCCGCUGCCCAGCCGGUGUGUUUUUCUCUCUCAGGUCCCUGCCGACCUGAAUCCAAACAGGGUAAAGUGAGUGUUAUGUAUUGCAUUCAGGAGUUCCUCAGUGACCAUGAUGAUGUACUUUUAGUGUUCGUAGAUGUAGUUUCCAGGACAUUGUAGGUCCUCCUGUAGAAUGACAUUUUUUUUUCUCCUCCAUCUUAUUUCACUCCGUCGCCACCCUUUCAGCCCUCCGUUUCGUGAGUUGACGUCAUCUGAAAGUAAGACACACAGGGCGAUUAUUAUUAGUAUUUUUAUUAUUCUUUUCUAAUGGCAUUGGGGAUGGAUGGCUGAGAGCCAGAGGCCUCUUGAGAGUGCAGCAGCGUCUUUGUUGAUGGUCUCCAUCCACUUCUGUGUGUGCAGCUGCAGCAACAGCAUCAGGCAGCAGUCCUUUUAGAAGUUUCAGACAAAUCAGUCUUUUUGAUUUUAUGCAUAUUAUCUACUCUUGUAGUUUUGAUGAUAUUUGGGUUUUUUUAUUGUCUUUUAUGUCGUCUUUGUCAUGUUUUCUGCGGGGAGGAUGGGUGAAAAGAACCUGUCAUUUAUAAAAACCAAAUAUGUUGACAGUUUGAGACAGUGUGAGGCACAGUGUAUGCAGACAAUUCUACAAUCUGGAUGUUUUUUGUUUGUUAUUCUCAGAAUAGUUGUUGUGGAUCAGACUGCAUAGGAGCAGCCCACAUCAGUAAAUCUCCACUCGCUCUGUCUGCCUCCACCCUAAACGGGCUCCCAUCAUUUAAAAAAUCCUGACUACAGGUUUCCAUAGCAACACGUUUUUUUUUUUUUUUAUUUAACUUUAUCUCCAAACGUGACUUUCGUUGGCCAGAGUCCCUCAGCAUAUCAAGUCCUUUUUUGCAAGGUCUCCAGCUUUAGUCCAUAGAGCUGUCCAAGUGGGUGGAGCCAGACUCAGCUCCUCCUCUUUCUGUAGCAGAUGGAGUUUCUGGAAUAUUCUUGCACACCUCAGCAAAAAAUAUUCACGUACUGACAGAAUGAAAGCUCAACAGGGUCACCUCACUGCCUAACUUUUUAUUUUUUGAUUUUCUGUAGUUGUAGUGUGCAGGGAUAGAUGCUUCUAAUCCAAAACUACCUCCUUGUUUUAGUUGUUUUUACUCCACGAUUCAGAUUUGUACUAAAUACACAAAACUGUCUUAUUUCUCUUUUGAAUGUAUAAAUAUUUCCUCAUCUCAAAUAUUCAUGCUGUUUGUCGGCAGCGUUUGUUUCCACCGACUCUCUCCUUCAGGGGUCUUUCUUCCUUUUUUUCCACAUUUGAAUGCUUUGUUUGAUGUUGAUUUAACGUGAUCUCAUAUUUCAUGCCUGCCUUCUUAUCGUGAAUCCAAUUCCAAAGAUGAAACAAUGUCAAUGACGGCGUCGGCGUGCGGACGGAGCGUUCACGUGACGUUCUAUCGCUGCGGCUCAGCAGUGCUUUGGAUUUCUACGAUUACCUUAUCAGAACUUGCCUUGUUAUCUUCUGAAUGUGUACAUUCUAUUCUCCACAUGGUGAUACGUGCGCGUGCGCGCCCGCGUGCUUUAAGCCCUAUUCUUCUCCUUGAUUGUUGCUCUGUGGUGAGGCGGUUCAAGGUAACCCGGCGUGUCGUCAUCUCUGACGGUUGGUGACAGAAGAUCGGAGCCGUGGUCAGACUGCUUUCCUCGCUGUCCUUGAGUGGCAGCGGGAGACCACAGCUGAUGGAGAGGGGGGGGUCAUGAAUGUAACAGCACCCAGCUGCUCACGAAGAGCUUCAUCCAGGACUUCACUCACAUUUCUUCCCUAACGGUUAACUUUUAUAACUGCAGUUUUCCUGAAUGAUUUAGGUGAUUUCUUUUUUCUUAGGCAGACCAGCCUUUGAGGCCACAGUCCUGUUGGACUGGAGCACAUCAUGAGGAGUUUAAUGGACGUAACUCAGGGAAAAAUCAGUCUUACUCCUGCCAACUAACCACUGAAAUGUCUUUGCUUUUCUCUUUCCAAAAACUCUCUUUUCCACUCUUGUUACUGUAACUACCUGUGAAAAAUGUGAUCCAUGUUUAAAGCAUGUUUAGAAUGUGUUAGGACUUGAAACCAAAUAAAUGUGAAUGUUAUGCAAGUGCAAA